AUGCCAAUACCAUUUAUAGGAAGGUUGAGUCUAUCCGACUGGCCUGUGAUAAUAGUGUCUUUCACUUUAGCAUGGUUUGAAUUUAUAGUAUCAGUUAUAACGAAUUUAUUACCAAUACCAAUAAUUAAAUUAUUCACCUUUAUAACUAAACAAAUAUUCAGAUUUACUCCGAAUCCAAUAGAUUUGAUAAUUGGUCCACAAGUAAAGGAUGAAAGCAAUGUAAUCGAAAAAGAAAAUUUCAAAUAUCAAUACCUCAAAGCAAAAGACUUAUCCAAAGGUUCAAUAAGCAAGAAAAAUUAUGAAAGUAUGAUUGAGAUGUUGAAUGCUGACAAAAUUCAAGACAUGGUUAAAUUAUUUGGAUAUGAUGUUGAAAGUAGAAUAGUUACCACAAAAGAUGAUUACUUAUUAACAAUACACCGUAUCAAAUCCUCAAAUCCAUCGAGCUCGAGAGUCCCAAAUGGUAAAGUUAUUUAUUUACAUCAUGGACUAUUAAUGUGCAGUGAAAUAUGGGUUACCAUGAUUGAGAAAUACCAAAAUUUACCUUUCAUAUUGUAUGAUUUGGGUUACGAUGUUUGGUUGGGGAAUAAUAGAGGUAAUAAAUAUAGUCAGAAACAUUUAUUUUACAAUUUAAACUCCACCAAGUAUUGGAAUUUUUCAUUAGACGAGUUUGCUAUUUUUGAUAUACCAAAUACUAUAGAUUAUAUAUUAAAUGCAACCAACAAAGAAAAGUUAACUUAUAUUGGUUUUAGUCAAGGAAGUGCACAAGCGUUUGCGAGUGUUUCAAUAAAUACAGAAUUAAAUUCUAAAAUAGAUCAAUUAAUUGCAAUAUCACCUGCAACAACUCCACAUGGAUUAUAUUCAAAAUUUUUAGAUAUAUUGUUAAAAUCAUCACCCAAUAUUAUAUAUUUGUUGUUCAGUAGAAAAGUUUUAAUGCCAUCUUGUAUAUUUUGGCAAAAGAUCAUGUACCCUCCAUUAUUUGAUAAAAUGAUUGAUAUAUCCAACUAUAUGUUAUUCAAUUGGAAAGCUUAUAAUAUUUCAAAAUUACAAAAAUUAGGUAGUUAUGCUCAUUUAUACUCAACAACAAGUGUCAAAUGUGUAGUUCAUUGGUUUCAAGUAAUGAGAGCUAAAAAUUUUCAAAUGUAUCAUGAUGUAACACUGUCUGGUUUAAAUCCAAUAAGUUAUCCUUUAAAAAAUAUUGAUAUUCCUAUACAUUUAAUUUAUGGAACAACUGAUUCCUUAGUGGAUAUUGAUGUAAUGAAAAAUCAAUUACCUUCAAAAACAACUACAUCAUUUGCAGUAGUUGAUCAUGAACAUUUGGACAACUUAUGGGGAUUUGACGUAUAUGAGGUCGUUUUUAAACAAGUUUUGAAAUACUUGGGGGAAGAUUUGAACGAAGUUAAUCUGAAAUUAUUCCGACAAAAUGCAGAUAGUAAAUUCAUUGAGGAUAUGAUUGAUAAUUCUAUUGAUAUUGAUAACUUCAGAGAAGUCGGUGAGACUUCUGUAGUUGUGGACGGAAAGAUGAUAAAACCUGUCUCUUCUGAAUCAUACCUAAAACAAAUAAAUAACAAUAGCGGGAUAAGAAAGGAAAGUUUGAAUGGUAAAAAUGAUGAUGUAUUACAAACAAGGUCUAAUUCCUCAACAUUUGUAGACGGACAUCAAUCUUUUGGUGGAUCAAGCUCAGUGUUUACGUACGAUCUGAAUUUUGAGUCUCAAGAAAGAACAGUUACAGAAAAAGAUCCAGAUUUUUUUAAAUUCAAGUUUUUCACGAAUAGAGGUCUACAACAUUGUGAGUUUGGGAGAAAAGAUACAUCCAAACUAAUACAGAAUCAUGAUACAUUUGAGGUAAAUGAAUUCCAUCCAAGUAAAUUGUUAAGUAAAGUCAAGUCUAAAAUACCAAGAUCAAUCAAUAAUGAAAAACCGAUUGGUGUCAGCCAAACAAGCACAGAAUCAGACCAAAGGGAUCCUAUAUUGAAUGAUUUGUCAAGAUUACAACCUCAUGAAGCAGAAUUUACAAUUAAAGAAACAUAUGACGAUGACAUGGUUGAUUAUUCAGCAAGUUUACAAGAAUUAUUAUAUUUAUUAGUUGAAGAGAAGCAGAUUGAUGAUCAUGUUAGAAUGAAUAUCGAGCAGUCUUUGGUUGAUAUAAUUUCAUACCUUCCCAUCGUUGAAGAUGAAAAUUUUGUACCAGAAUCAUUAUCAAAACCCAAAAAAGAUUUGUCACGUAAACAAAAACAAAAUAUUCCCAAACCAUCUCAAGCAUCAUUAAUGAAUUAUCCAAAUUCUUAUUUAUCACGAAUAGUGAUUGAUAAUUUCGAAUUAAUCAUGAAGUUUUCAACUACUUAUUUUAAUUUAUCGUUAAGUUCAAAAGUAACAAAAUAUCUUGUUGAAUUAAUAUAUCAAUUACAUUAUUGGGAAAUAGUUCAUUUAACUCAUUUAAAAAAAGAUCAAUUUUCAAAUUUUUUAAAAUUAAUUGGAUUUGAUAUUAUUGAAACUUUAUUUGGAAAAAUUAUAAAACCACCUGAAAAUUAUUUAAAUGAUGAUAUGUUACAAGGAUUACAAUAUCCUUUCCCAUACCCAUUUUAUAAUUAUAGUUACCAUUCUUUUAAUUCAAGGGCAGAAGAUAAUAAAUGGGAGAAUGUAAAUAUAAAACCAUAUAUUGAUUUAAGAUUGAAAAAAUCUCCUAUAUUGAAUGGGAAAAAAAGAGGAAGAAAAUUGAAGAAGAUAUAUCUUGAUGAAAAUAAUGAUGAUGAGCCACGAGUAAAACGUAAAAGAGGUAGAAAAAGAAAAGCUUCAACAACAGCAUCAAGCUUAGAGCCGGAAAAUAUUGAUUUGAGAGAACUGAAUACACCAAGCAUUCUCGACUUUGGUGAAGAAACUGAUGAUAACGAUCUUAGUGGGACAAUGAGUAAUUCAGAAUCAUUGGAUGAUGAAGAUGUUGAAGAUGAUUCUAAAGUACAUGGAAUGGUUAAUUCGGAGAUCGAUCAAACAGAAGAUGAAAUAUUUGAUGCUGAAGAUGAUGAAGAAUUUGUUAAAGUCAACCGACCUAGUAGAAAAACAUCAACUUCAACGAUUGAAACUCAGUCUAAAAACAACUUAAAUGCUAACUCAAAAUUAAUUUCAGGAUCUGGAAGUCAAAGAAAAUCAUCAACUUCACAAAUUUCCAAGAAACGAGGUUCAUCUUUAUUAAAUACUACUAAUUCUAACGAAAAAAACAAAACUGAAACGCAGGCUAAACAAAAUAAGUCAACAGCCAAGAGACCAAUAUUAAAAGGUAGUGAAAGCUACGAUAACAACGCUCAAAUAACUAGUAAACAAAUACCAGCAGAACAUUUUAUCAACAAUGGUGGUAAAGUUCCAGAUUUUUUAUUAGAGGAAGAUGGUACUGAUCAAUCUUUACAAAAUUUACGAAUUGAUGAAAGCAAUCCAGAUUUCUUAAUUACUGAACGAGGUAAAAGAAUACCAAGAACAGGAAUAAUUCAUCAAUGUCAUUUACAAGAUCCAACAACAAAUUCAAAAUGUUUUAAAAUAUUUUAUGGUAAAAAUGAAUUAUUAAGACAUCAAGAAUUUGUUCAUGCAACUAAGAAAAAAAUUUAUAAAUGUAUAUAUUGUCAAACACAAGGUCAUAAAAUUCAAAGUUAUCCUCGUCAUGAUUCGUUAGCUAGACAUAUUAGAAGAAAACAUGGUAUAACAGGUAAAGAAAAUAAAGAAGCAGUAAAUUAUGCUAAAGAACAUUGUGAAAUUAUUGAUGAAAUUAAAUUUCCAAUAGUUAAUAAAAAUCAAACAAAUUCUUCUUCAAAUGCAUUACAACCUGGUGAAAUUCCAUUAAGUGAAAUUCAAAAAAUGAGUUUAACUUUAGUUAGAAAAAGAAAUUUAGGUAAAUCAUCAGAAUCUAAAAGUAAAAAAUCAUCUUCAGAUUCGUUGGUAGAGCAACCACAACAAUUGAAACAACAACAGCCUCAACUACAACAGCAAAAUCAGCAACAACAACAUCCAAUAGAAGGAUCAUCUUCAUCUUCCUUUCCUUUGUCACCUCAAAAUGACACUGAAAAAAGUAAACAAAUCGAACACGAUGAUCUGACUGGCAAAAGUAAACCAAACAAAUCAAUAUCACCACAAGUUGAAGAUAAACAACAAAGUAAAGAUAAUAAUAAUAAUAGUAAUGAUCAAAUAAAUGAAAUUCCUAUUUAUUCAAGAGGAAAAUCAAAUAAAAAUUCGAUUGUAAUGAAUUUAAGUUCAGAUGAAAUUAAAUCACAAGAUUCUAAUAAACCAACUAUUAUAAAUUCAAAAAAUAAUGAAAAUAAUGAAAAUAAUUUAAAACCUUUUUCAAUUCAUAUGGGUCCUAAUUCAUCAAAUCAAGAAUCAAAUCCUACUAAACAACCAUCUCGAAUAUUAAAACCUAUUAAUAUACCAGUUUUUGAAGAUACUGAAUCAAAAAAUGAAUCAUUAAGUGAAUCUAGUUUAGAUGAAUAG